AUGGCGCCUAAAGGAGAGAAGAAGCCCGCCGAGAAGAAACCCGCCGCAGAGAAGCCGGUGGAGGAGAAAUCGAAAGCCGAGAAAGCCCCGGCGGAGAAGAAACCAAAGGCCGGGAAGAAGCUCCCGAAGGAGGCUGGUGCAGGCGGCGACAAGAAGAAGAAGAUGAAGAAGAAGAGCGUCGAGACUUACAAGAUCUACAUCUUCAAGGUGCUGAAGCAGGUCCAUCCCGAUAUCGGAAUCUCCAGCAAGGCGAUGGGAAUCAUGAACAGUUUCAUCAACGAUAUCUUCGAGAAGCUCGCCGGAGAGGCGUCGAAGCUAGCGAGGUACAACAAGAAGCCGACCAUCACUUCCCGGGAGAUCCAGACCGCCGUGAGACUCGUGCUUCCAGGAGAGUUGGCGAAGCACGCCGUUUCGGAGGGGACAAAGGCCGUCACCAAAUUCACCAGCUCCUAA